AGUCUCUCGAAAAAUGCCGAUGUGGCGUCUGUAAACGGAUUUAGGGAAACAAGUUGGUGAAAAGUUGCAAUGGAACUUUUUCUCUUGUGCUUUUUUUGGGUGUGCAGCUUCGCUAUAUCAGCCGAGGACGAAAGACUGCCCAAUCGAUGCGAAGUGUGUAAGUUCCUGACGGUGGAGCUCCAAGCAGCCUUGGAGAAGACGGGUCGGUCCAAGGAGGUUCUGGAGCUAGGAGCAGUGCUGGACACGGGUAAACGCAGACGCAAGAUCAAAUACAAUACCUCUGAGACCCGUCUGACGGAGGCAGUGGAUAACAUCUGUGAGGGGAUCCUACAGUACAGCGUCCAUGCUGAGAGACCUGGCAGCCUCCGAUACGCCAAGGGUACCAGUCAGACCAUGGCCACUCUAAAGAACCUGGUCCAUAAGGGGGUGAAGGUGGAGUUGGGGCUGCCCUAUGAACUCUGGGACGAACCCUCAGUGGAGGUGUCCGACAUGAAGAAACAGUGUGAGACGAUGCUAGAGCAGUAUGAGGAGGUUGUGGAGGACUGGUACUUCCACCAUCAGGAGGAGAGGCUGGAACGCUUCCUGUGUGAGACACACAUUCUCAAGACCUCCGAGCAAGAAUGUCUACAGGAGGUUUGGAAGGGUGACAUGGGAAAGAAGGGAUCCAAAGUGGAGGUAGCAAGCGAAGGAGAGGGAGGAGGGAAGACUCAUGACGCAGGAGAACUGUGAAAUCAUCCAAAAUGGCGGAGUGAAAGUCUCCCUAACAGAACUACCCCUCCCUCCUUCCCAGAUGGUCAUAAGAUAUUUGGAGUGGAACAUAGUUAGAAUGCAUGGAGCAUAGUUACAAAGUUACAUUCAACAUCAAUAAUACUGUAUGUAGCAGACCAACCAACUGAACAUUACAUUUCCUAUCUCUGCAUCGACUAUCCGCCUCCUGUCUUGCUCCUCAGAAAGCUAAAAGUGAGCUAAGUCAAGUCUCCCAAACCUUAGUGCUUCACCACUCUAUUAUACACUAUAUACAAAAUUAUGUGGACAUCCCUUCAAAGUAGUGGAUUCGGCAAUUUCAGCCACACCCGUUGUUGACAGGUGUAUAAAAUCGGGCACACAGUCAUGCAAUCUCCAUAGACAAACAUUGGCAGUAGAAUGGCCUUACUGGAGACGUCAGUGACUUUCAACAUGGCAUCGUCAUAGGUUGCUACCUUUUUAACAAGUCAGUUCGUCAAAUUUCUAGGAGCAACAACGGCUCAGCCACGAUGUGUUAGGCCACUGAAUGGGAACGCAAAGUGCUGAAGUUAAAUCGUCUUUCCUCGGUUGCAACACUCACUACUGAGUUCCAAACUACCUCUGGAGGCAACAUAAGUAAAAUAACUUUGUUGGGAGCUUCAUGAAAUGGGUUUCCAUGGCCGAGCAGCCUCACACAAGCCUAGGAUCACCAUGCGCAAUGCCAAGCGUCGGCUGGGGUGGUGUAAAGCUCGCCGCUAUUCAAUUCUGGAGCAAUGGAAACGCGUUCUCUGGAGUGAUGAAUCACGCUUUACCAUCUGGCAGUUCCACAGUCUAAUCUGGGUUUGGCGGAUGCCAGUAUAACGCUACCUGCCCAAAUGCAUAGUGUCAACUGUAAAGUUUGGUGGAGGAGGAAUAAUGGUAUGGGGAUGUUUUUCCUGGUUUAGUUCCAGUGAAGGGAAAUCUUAACGCUACAGCAAACAAUGACAUUGUAGAAGAUUCUUUGCUUCUAACUGUGGCUGCAGUUUGGGGAAGGCCCUUUCCUGUUUCAGCAUGACAAUGCCCCUGUGCACAAAGCAAGGUCCAGAAAUGGUUUGGUUGAGAUCGGUGUGGAAGAACUUGACUGGCCUGCACAGAGGCCUGACCUCAACCCCAUUGAUCAUCUUUGGGAUGACUUGGAAUGCCGGGAGCGAGCCAGGCGUAUCGCCCAAUAUCAGUGCCCGUCCUCGUAAAUUUUCUUGUGGCUGAAUGGAAGCAAGUCCCUGCAGCAAUGUUCCAACAUCUAGUGGAAAGCCUUCCCAGAAGAGUGGAGGCUGUUGUAGCAGAAAAGGGGGGACCAACUCGAUAUUAAUGAACAUGAUUUUGGAAUGAGAUUUUUGACGAGCAGGUGUCCACAUACUUCUGGUCAUGUAGUGUAUCUAUAGAGCAAUCUGGUUGUGUCCAACAUUUGAAUUGUCAUAGAUGUGUCAUUGUUUACAGUUUACAUCAAAUCAGUAUCAUCAAUUUACACACACCUGUCCCUUUUCAGUAGGUAAGUUGAAACUGAGAAUGCUACAGAACACUACAAUAUGAAAGUAAAUUGAAAACCAACUGUAUUAUCUAAGAUGGGGAAGUAUAGGAAAUUGGAAAGCCUUUUUACCCUGUCGAUGUGUGCCCAUGUUUUGUAUUCGUGGUACAUUUUUGUUUCCAAAAUCCAAUAUGUACCGUUUUUAGAUUUGAAUAAACUCUUAUCACAUUGUGUA